AAAUAUCGCAGUGAUAUUUAAGCAUUGAAUACAAUGUUCCGAAUAUAUAAUUUCACUAAUGUAACCUCCUGUGUCGUUGCCGUUAAAAGAAACAAUGUAAGAUUCGUGAAUAUUCUUAAAAUGAAAGAGACAAUCCAACGAUUGCUUGGUAUGAAUUCCAACGAGUUACCACAUACGCACAUUUGUCAAGUUGGCGAUCCUGUCUUGCGCGGUCAUGCCAUGAAGAUAGAAUCUGAAGUUAUAAGAUCGGCGGAUUUUCAAAAGGUAAUCACACAUUUAAUAAACGUUAUGCGAGCAUAUAAGUCGUACGGUCUGUCUGGGCCUCAAAUCGGACUUCCUUGGCAAAUAUUUGCCAUCGAAUGCACGGAGGAGAUUAUGGAAGGAGUCGAGAAAUCUGUUAGAAAAACUCACGAAAUGAACAUCAUCCCGAUGACGAUUUUUAUCAAUCCUGAAUUAAAAAUUAUAGAUUAUACACCCAUUACCCUUUACGAGGGAUGUGAAAGUAUUCGAGGAUAUUCUGCUGCUGUGCCGAGAGCUUACGAAGUGGAAAUUAAGGCAUUGAACGCUUCUGCUGAACAGUUUACGUGGAGAGCAUGUGGAUGGUCUGCUAGAAUAGCACAACAUGAAUACGAUCAUUUACAAGGAAAGCUGUACAUAGAGAAAAUGGACGUAAGGACAUUUCAUUGCAUGGCUUGGGAUAAAAUUAAUAAAAAUAAGGGCAAAAUACGCUUAAGUUUUUUGCCGAGGAAAUAUUGA